AUGGAGGUUCGACGUCUCUUCCUCUCAGACAUGAUCAAAUUAUUCAGUAACAGCCGCGAAAACCGACGGUGUUUGUUGCAGUGUUCAGUAUGGCAGGACUGGAUGUUCAGUCUGGGCUAUAUCAACCCUAAAAACCCAGAGGAACAGAAGAUGAUGGAGAUGGUCUAUAGCCUCUUCAGGAUCCUGCUCUACCAUGCCAUCAAGUAUGAAUGGGGAGGUUGGAGGGUCUGGGUGGAUACACUCUCCAUCGCUCACUCCAAGGUAACUUACGAGGCCCAUAAGGAGUACCUGGCUAAGAUGUAUGAGGACUACCAGCGUCAGGAGGAGGAGAACAUUAAGAAGGGGAGGAAGGGUCUGGUCAGCACCAUCUCAGGCCUGCAGGACCUCCAGGCCGGGGGCAUCCAGGGGAACAUGGAGAUCAGAGAGGUAGACGACCACUCUCAGACACAGACCCCGGAGAGCGAGGCCGACUACCCCGAGACUUCCGGCCACCCCCGGAACAUACUGUCGGAGGCGAAGACAGGGGAGGAGGAGGGGCUCGAGGGGACAGAGAGGACGGGGUCAGGGGUCAGAGUGGAGGUUCAUGACCUGCUGGUGGACAUCAAGGCUGAGAAGGUGGAAGCCACAGAGGUGAAGCUGGAGGACCUGGACCUGUCUCCAGAGCCGCUGGGCGUGACAGUGGGUGUGGCUGGGAGUGUUGUCUCUGAGGACAGGGGCGGGGCGUUGGUCCAGGUGGACUCCCUAUUGGACAACGUGUACUGUGCUGCUGUAGAGAAGCUGAGCAGCAGCGCCGCCAGCGGAGUAAUGGUCCCCAACGCAACCGUCGGUGUAGCCACCGACAACCACAACACCGGUCCCCUCAUCACCCUCGCUGACGACGACAAGGACAGUCUCCCUAGCAACAGCAGCUUCCUGUUUGGCCAGGAGGAGCCCCUGGUCCUGCCAAGUCCUGGUUCUAACCCCCAACCAGACCCCGAGCCCACAGUCCCCCCGGCUCGCAGCCAUGACCUGGGCCUGCUGGCCCACAUGACGGGCAGCUCUGAGCUGGGGAUCAUCGGCAUGGUCAGUCCUGGUGGUCCAAUCAACAGCAUCAUGGAGGAGGAGAGGUUGAAGCUCCAGACCACCCUGGGUGACGUCACCUCAAUGUCCAGGGAAGAGGCCUGCUCUAAGGGGUCAGUGUUCACAGACACGGGGGCUGGAGCUAGUGCUGGAGGGUCUGGGGUGUCGGAGGGGGGAGAGCCCUCGGCUGGUGUGAAAGGUAGUGGGGCGGAUGCAGUCAGCAACACCUCAGGCACAGAGAGGUCAUACGACAGAAAGGACAAAGAGAUUAAGAAGAUACAGACCACUGCUACUACACAGUCCCUGCACGGUCGUACGGCGGCCCAGUUAGAGCGUGCCCUGCGUGUGGACCUGGGCUUCAGAGGGAUGCCCAUGACAGAGGAGCAGCGCCGCCAGUUCAGCCCUGGCCCUCGCACCACCAUGUUCCGCAUCCCAGAGUUCAAAUGGUCGCCCAUGCACCAGCGCCUCCUCACCGACCUGCUGUUGGCCCUGGAGACAGACGUCCAUGUCUGGAGGAGCCAUUCAACCAAAUCUGUCAUGGACUUUGUCAACAGCAAUGAGAACAUAAUCUUUGUCCACAACACCAUCCACCUCCUCUCUCAGAUGGUAGACAACAUCAUCAUCGCCUGUGGAGGGAUCCUUCCUCUGCUCUCUGCUGCCACCUCUCCUUCUGCUGAGUUGGAGAACAUCGAGGCAGUCCAGGGCAUGUCUUCAGAGACGGCUGUUUCCUUCCUUUCCCGUCUCAUGGCCAUGGUGGACGUUCUGGUGUUUGCCAGCUCACUCAACUUCUCUGAGAUAGAGGCUGAGAAGAACAUGUCCUCUGGAGGCCUGAUGAGACAGUGUCUACGACUGGUGUGUUGUGUAGCAGUGAGGAACUGUCUGGACGUUAGACAGAGACAGAGGGACAGAGGGACCAACAGUAAGAGCCAGGACAACCUGUAUGGUACAGCAUCUGCCAACAAGGACCCUGACAGGCUUUUACAGGACGUCGACAUCAACCGUCUGAGAGCUGUCGUGUUCCGGGAUGUGGAUGACAGUAAGCAGGCCCAGUUCUUGGCCCUAGCGGUGGUCUACUUCAUCUCUGUCCUCAUGGUGUCAAAGUACAGGGACAUCCUGGAACCCCAAAGAGAGCCCAACAGGAUGAUCAGCCAAUCAGCAUGCAGCAUUCGCCACGAGAUCAACUCACCUACCAGCACAGAGACCCCACUGGCCUACCCUGACCACAAUAAGGAGCCCCCCACCCCUGUAGAGGAGCUCCACAUAGGGGGAGGAUCUCUGCCGCACACUGACUCUGGCAUUGGAGAGGAACAGGUGACCAGUGUGUUAAAUGGGGCAGACCUGGAACCUUCAGGACCCGGGCGUGUUCACAUCAUGUCCGCCCUGCUCGGCAGCCUUUCCUCUGGGGAGAAGCAUAGCCAGGAGUUCCUCUUGGAGCCGCCUGGCCUGGAGGUUCUAACAACCGCCUCCUCCAUCUCCUCGAUCAGUCAAUCAAACAUCAACGUCAGAGAGAUUCUGAAGAGCCUAGUGGCUGGGCCAGUAGAGGGGUGGAGCCUGGACCAGAGCCCCUCCCCUACCCUGAUCCUGCUGUACAGAGAGAGACCCAUCACCCCAUGCUGCCCAUGCAGUUUCACUCCUUUGACAGGAGUGUGGUGGUCCCAGUGAAGAAGCCUCCACCAGGCAGUCUGGCUGUGAACACGGUUGGACACACAUCCUCCAGUAGCCUGGCAACAGGCUC